AUGUCUGACGAAGGAGAAGAAAGCGACGGUGGGAGAGCGCGUCUCUCGGAGUCUCCCUCCCCGCAGCGGUCCCUCAGUCAUCCCCGAGGAUCUCCUUCUUCUGCGCGGCCCCUGGACCUCUUCUCCUCUGCCUCACCGCUGCUUGGAGAUACAGACCCACCGUACCUCGCUUCUCCGGAGUGUCUCAACCCAUCAAUAGAGAGCAAAGACCCGGACUACUCAACACAAUUUACCCCUCCAAAGUUCCACCAGCCCACCGAGGACGUAAGCUCUCCGAUUGCUUCGCGGCAGGAUGUGCGUUUAAAUGCGGUAUACGACCACUAUGAUGACCCGUUCCCCAAAUGGAGAGGUCGUGGCGCGGCGAAUGCGGAGCGCUUUCAGCACCGCGGACAGAGACUGCACCGUGGCCCGGAGCUGUUGGACUACGGAAAUCACUAUGGGGACCAAAUAGACCCAGACUUCAGAACAGAAAGCCGCCAAACGGUGGAGGCCAUGCACCGGAGGCAUACCACACUGCGGGAGAAAGGGCGUCGCCAGGCUGUGCGCGGCCCGGCCUACAUGUUUAAUGAGCGAGGGUCGGCGCUCACUGCAGAAGAGGAGCGAUUCUUAGACGCUGCUGAAUAUGGAAAUAUCCCUGUAGUGCGUAAAAUGCUGGAGGAGUCCAAAACUCUCAACUUCAAUUGUGUGGACUACAUGGGCCAGAAUGCCUUGCAGCUUGCUGUAGGAAACGAACACCUGGAAGUGACAGAACUUUUACUAAAGAAAGAAGGUUUGGCAAGAAUAGGUGACGGUCUGCUUUUAGCUAUUUCCAAGGGAUAUGUUCGCAUUGUGGAGGCUAUACUGGCACACUCAGCAUUUGGAGGGGGUCUGCGCCUGGCAGUGUGCCCAAUAGAGCAGGAGAUGCGUGACGAUGACUUUUACGCCUAUGAUGAAGAUGGGACACGUUUUUCCCAUGACAUCACCCCAGUCAUACUGGCCGCUCACUGUCAGGAGUAUGAGAUAGUGCACAUCCUUUUGACAAAAGGGGCUCGCAUAGAGAGGCCCCACGACUACUUCUGCAAGUGUGAUGAGUGCCUGGACAAGCAGAAGAAGGACUCGUUCAGUCACUCACGCUCCAGGAUGAACGCUUAUAAAGGACUGGCCAGUGCUGCGUACCUGUCCCUGAGCAGUGAGGACCCUGUGCUAACUGCUCUGGAGCUCAGCAACGAACUGGCAAGACUGGCCAACAUCGAGACUGAGUUUAAGAAUGACUAUCGUAAGCUGUCCAUGCAGUGUAAGGACUUUGUGGUGGGGGUGCUGGACUUGUGCCGGGACACUGAGGAGGUGGAGGCCAUCCUCAACGGAGACGUGGACCUGUGCCCCCCCAGUGCCUACAACAGACCCUGCCUCAGCCGCGUCAAACUGGCCAUCAAGUACGAGGUCAAGAAGUUCGUGGCCCAUCCAAACUGCCAGCAGCAGUUGCUCACUAUCUGGUAUGAGAACCUUCCAGGCCUGAGGCAGCAGUCUAUUGGGGUGAAGUGCUGGACUGUCCUGGGAGUCACUGUAGGCCUGCCCUUUUUGGCUAUCGCCUACUGGAUCGUUCCAUGUAGCAAGCUUGGCCAGAUCCUUCGGAGUCCUUUCAUGAAGUUUGUUGCUCAUGCUGUCUCCUUCACCAUAUUCCUGGGUCUGCUGGUGAUAAAUGCCUCCGACCGCUUCGAGGGAGUCAAGAACCUGCCCAACGAAACCAUCACCGACCACCCCCGCCAGGUCUUCAGGGUCAAGACCACACAGUUCUCCUGGACCGAGAUGCUCAUCAUGAAGUGGGUUCUGGGUAUGAUCUGGUCUGAGUGUAAGGAGAUCUGGAGCGAUGGGCCGAGGGAGUAUGUUCUUCACCUCUGGAACGUCCUGGACUUCGGGAUGCUCUCCAUCUUUGUAGCAUCGUUUACAGCUCGAUUCAUGGCUUUCCUCAAGGCAACCAAAGCACAGCAAUACGUGGACAUGCACGUGCCCGACGACGACCUCAGCAACGCCUCACUGCCCGAUGAAGUGGCUUACUUCACUUUUGCCAGAAACAAAUGGCGCCCCUCCGACCCCCAGAUCAUCUCCGAGGGCCUGUACGCCAUUGCUGUGGUGCUCAGUUUCUCACGUAUUGCCUAUAUCCUCCCGGCCAAUGAGAGCUUCGGGCCGCUGCAGAUCUCCCUGGGCAGGACGGUCAAAGACAUCUUUAAGUUCAUGGUCAUCUUCAUCAUGGUGUUUGUGGCCUUUAUGAUCGGAAUGUUCAACCUCUACUCCUACUACCUGGGAGCCAAGUACAACCCUGCCUUUACCACGGUGGAGGAGAGCUUCAAGACACUUUUUUGGUCCAUUUUCGGUUUGUCGGAAGUCAUCUCUGUUGUCCUUAAGUACGACCAUAAAUUCAUCGAGAACAUCGGCUAUGUGUUGUAUGGGGUCUACAACGUGACGAUGGUGGUGGUCCUUCUCAACAUGUUGAUAGCAAUGAUCAACAGCUCAUACCAGGAAAUAGAGGAGGAUGCUGAUGUAGAGUGGAAGUUUGCACGAGCAAAACUGUGGCUCUCCUAUUUCGAUGAGGGGCGCACACUUCCUGCUCCGUUCAACCUGGUCCCGAGUCCAAAGUCCUUUUACUACAUGGUCCUCCGCAUCAGGUCGUGCCUCGUCCACGUGUGUAAGGCCAAUGGACAUCACCGCAACGAGCUCGAGAUGGGCAUGCUCAACUCUCAGAACAAGGACGAGCGCUUCAGGACCUACCCUCGAUCGGGAGAGGAGUUUAUGCCCAGGAAAACUCGAAAACACCCCACCAGAUACCAGAAGAUCAUGAAGAGGCUGAUUAAGCGAUAUGUCCUGAAGGCACAAGUGGACAGAGAGAGCGACGAAGUUAAUGAAGGCGAGUUGAAGGAGAUCAAGCAGGACAUCUCCAGUCUGCGUUACGAGCUUCUGGAAGAGAAAUCCCAGGCCGCUGGAGAACUGGCUCUGCUCAUUCAGCAACUGGGCGACAAGUUUGGCAAAAACACCAUGAGACAUUAACAGAACUCCAGCAAAAGUGAGAGAAGGGUGACACUGGGACAAGGGUCCAUAAAAAAAACAAAGACUAAUGUAUAUGCAAAGAGCAAGUAUAAUGAAUAGGAAAAGUUAGCUUGAGGGCUAGAGGUCACACAAACUCAUGCUGGGAAGAAUGACAGGUGAAUCUGAAUUAAAGCCAUCUUCGGGGACAGAUUAAGGGAGAGAUGGAGAGAUGGGCAUUCUGGGUAAAAUGAUACAAUGCAUGAGGUGUUGUGGGCCUACACAUGUGAGUGCACAGCCAAAGAGGAAGACUUUGACAGACUUGAAGGGUAAAGUAUUGGAAGAAUAGAUG